UUUCAGGAAGGGGCCACGAUAUGUAUGGAUGUUCUUUUUAAAACAAGAAAAGAAAAAAAAAAGUAUUUUCUUAUUUUCUUUUCCAACGCACCCACGCAGCCCCACCCACGCAGCGUGCUCCUCUUCUGCCCGACUCCCUCAGGAUAUUUUUAGCGCUUGGUGAUGUGCCCCGUCAAAUCACGUAACGGAAACAAACAUCAGAGAGAGAGAGAGAGAGAGGGAAGGAGAGGACCGAGCUGCUGUGGAGAGGCGGUUGAACUGAGAUCUGCAGAGAAAAGAAGGCAGAGGAAGCCCGAUGAGAUGAGAUUUGAGAUUCAUUUGGUGUGCUUCUGGUUGCUGUUGGUUACCGGAUCGCUGCAGACUGGAGGUCAGAGCCAUGCUUUGCCUACUUCCUUUACCUCAACCCCAUUUCCUGCUCCUGCUGAGACCCCCGUGAACGAGUUUCCUCGGCAGACACAAUACCCUGCAGGCAGGAAUGAAACUUCAGGUGAUCUCCCAGCCUCUGCCGCCGCCGCCGCCGCCGCCCCGACGGAAAGCACAGUCCAAUCAGAGACAUCAGCAGAUGCAGGACACCCGCACGUCUCAAGUUCCACUAAAGCCACAUCUCAGUUCACAAAUGCGCCCACUGUCACAACUCCAUCUCUCUCAGCCGCCGCAGACGGCCUUUCAUCGGCACCGACCGCUGCGAGCUCCACCCCUCAGCAGGCCACCUCCCCUAGGUACUCCCCGACCGGCGAGGCCCACUCCACCUUUUCAUCUGGAGCCACGACCCCCGCCUCUACCGCACACACACCAGCUCCUGGUUGGGUCCCUGUGGGGCCCACACACCGGGAGUUUCCGUCGGAGCUGAACAUCGGCGAUGACGACUCGAAGGGGUCCCACCGCCACUCCAGCUCUCCUCUGGACCCCCUGCUGGCCGGUCUGCUGGCAGUGUUCAUCGUUACCACAGCUGUGGUCUUCACUGUCCUCUUCGUCAAGUUCCGCCAGCGGGUGAACCACCCUGAGUUCCACCGGCUGCAGGACCUUCCCAUGGACGAUUUGAUGGAGGACACGCCCCUCUCACCGUACGCCCACUGACGGAUUCUCCUCUCGACUCCGUCACUCGCGCCAUGGAGAGAACAUGUGCCGAAAAAGAAGCAGCUUUUUGGAUACGUGGAGAAGCAUACGUCUUCAAGAUUAGUCCAAAUUACUGACUUCUCUGUUUAAGGCUCGCUGUUGAAACGAUUAUUUAGUUAUUUUGUCGUUGUUUGAAUCAUCAAAGGUUGUAGAGUCACCUAAUCUUUCUUCCACAUUCCCGUCCAAGUCCCGGAGACUUUUCACUCUCACACAAAAAGUGCAAAUUCAAGGCACUUUUGCACAAAUAGCAGCACUUUCAACGUGACACGUAUUACACUGCCCUCUAGUGGACAUAUGAGAUAACGUAGGUCGAAAAAUCCAUCCAGGACAAAUAAAAAACCUCAGUCUGAUUGUCAGUCUGAAUGAGGAUUUGGGGUUCGGACUGAGAAACAUCACUGGAGAUGAUUUAGGUGACCAAAUAUGAGUGAAGUGCACUUUCAAUCCAAACUGCUGCCUUAGAGCUGCGUGAGGUAAUACAGAAAGUUCACAUGUAAAUUAUAUUUUUACUCUACAGUAUUUGAAAAACCAGAUGCACCAGUAACUUUUUUUUUUUUUAAACCAAGAAAAACCUUCCAGUGGUUGAAAUCAGGAAUACGUGGCGGUGUUUGGUAAACGUUGUGAAACUUCAGUAUCGUUUCAUGUUGGAAUAAGAAUCCCGAAGUUGGUGAUUGCUCCUUAAAUUGAAUGUUAAAUGUGCCAUUACUUCCCAACCUGGGAAGUAAAAGUGCUACAGUGAACACACAUAAGAAGUUCAAGUGAAACUGAAAGCUGUUGUGUGCGUCUGAGCGCCGGGUGUCUUGCAAAAGCAUUCCUAGCCGUUGAGCUUUUCCACGUUUCGUCGUGCUGCAACCACAAACGUCAGCAUAUUUCAAUGGGCUGUUAUAUCAAAGAGAAACACAGAUCAGUGCAGAAUAGAAAAAAAAAUUAAGUAAAGAAAGUCCAAUCCAGUUGCCUCCAGUCAACUCAUGAGUAAUGUAUUAUCAAACAAUAUCUAAAGCUUUGGAAACCUCACAAAAUACUGUUUGAUAGUUCAUCUGAAAAUUAAAAUAGCAGAAGCAGUCAGUGUUACAACAAAUCCAAAGAGGCCUCUGACUGAAGACUGUUGGUAUAUGACCAACAGCUCAAGUUCCAGGUGGUAGGGACAAUUUCCAUAAUAACGUACUGGAUGACAAUAGUUGUUUUUAGCACUGCUAAUGCCAAUCCGCCUCAUUUGCUUUUGCCUCUCCUCUUUAAAUCUUUUGAAAUUUGCUGGUCAGAUGCUGUUUAAGUAAGAUUGCACCCCUUGGUUUUUUUUUACCCCUCCAGGGGGUCUUUUGUGGGCUCUAGUGUCCCUUAUAUGACAGUGGGCUGACAGGAAACGGGGAAGGAGAGGGGGGAAGACAUGCGGCAAAUGUCGUCGGGUCCGGGAGUCGAACCCGCGACGGCCUCGUCAAGGACUCGAGGCCUCCAAAUACGGAUCGCGCUAACCACUACGUCACCACGGCACGCCCUGCACCCCUUGUUUUACGAACAACUUCCAUUUCUAUGCAAGAAAAGCAGGUAUAGAAUCCAAGACUGGUAGCCUGGAGUAGGACGCGAUAUUAGAAUAUUUUUGCAAUGGUAGUUAAUAUUGCGACAUCAGUUGCGAUAUAUCCCUUCUCCUCCUAAUCUGUGCUUCAUGCGCUUUUAAAACGUGUUAGGCAACAAUUAUUGUAUGCCAAACCAUCUUUUGCGAUAUGAAUACUGUGCACACUAUAAUAUUUUUGCGAUAUAUUGUGCAUCCCUAGCUUGAAGUACAGGAAAAGGUAAUCCUGCAAAAUAUCGACUUAUGUAGGCUGAAUAAAGGCACGCCACACCUUUCAGAUUUUUAUCUCGCUUGUAGUUGCAAGCUGACAGAACGUGGAGAAAGUUCAAGAGCUUUGAAUUGUGCAAGAUUCUCCGCUCUGCCAGAGUUUUGCUUUAUUCUCUCUAAGGAUUUUACGUGUUUAAAAUGUAACAAUUUAAAUGACAUGAAAGAUCACUUGUUUAGUAAUAAAAAAAUAAAAAAAAACAUAAAACCAACAGUAAGUCUUCCUUUGAUAUUGCGGAUGGGGGAACAUUACACUGCUUUGUUUUUAACCUGCUUGUCAGGUAUUAACCGUGAUUUAUGAUAAUUAAGUAAAUAAGUUAUUGCUCCUGUCUGAACCGGCACGGCGGACUUUAAACAAUAACUGUUAAAAAAACAAAAAACACACUCCCUUUACACACACACACCUAAGUAAACACACCCUCACAUUCUUUCAUUCAGCCCCACACCUUCUAUAAUAAACAUAAUAAGGCUGCGUUAUCUGUAGAUAAAGAGUGUAAAAAGUAGAAGUGUAGAGAUUUUUAAUAUACAAAAGUCAAAAUUAACUUCUGGCUUCAGGCAAUCAUGACAGUAAGAACAUGUAUAUCAUGCAGGCUUAAUGCAGACAGAUGGAAGUCGUGUUGAGACCGACUGAUCAUCUUCAGUGCAAAAAUUACACAACAAACGCCACAAUUCUCCACGAGUGUCCGGCUAUUACCUUACGCAGGUGAACUCAAUUCAAAUGGGAGUGGCUGGAUCUAGAAAAGACCAGUCCGGUUACUUUCCAGCUUCAAAACAACCAGUUAAGCAGGUCAGAGUUGAGCGGAUAAGCUACGAGAUAUACUACGCGCAGUCGCCAUAAAAAAAAA